GGAACGAGGACGGUCAGUGCGGAAACAGCGUUCCAACCGCGUUACGAUACCUCCUUGGGUCGUCUCGUUUUAGACGAGGGGGAGGCGUUUGUUUUUUGGUUUGGACGGCGGGGGUGGCGGCAUCGGAACGCACGGGAGUCGCAUCGCGGCGGCGCUCGAGGGAUGCAAGGCAUCCGAGAUCUUUUCCUCGUCUUUGCGUGCCUCCAUUUCCUUGCCAUCUGCGUUUCUGGGAACGCGAUCGACGCUCCGACCACGCUGUCCAGGCGCAAGAGGUACUUGAUUUUUCCGGAGGGGAGUAAUAUGCAGUUGGUGUAUUGCCUGACGGUGGGAACGUACGUGAAGGAGAACGACGUUAUUAUGGGAAUAACGGCAGCCCUGGCCUGGGAGUUGCCGAGCAAAGUCGACUCGAAGGUGUCGAAGUUGCUCGAUCGACAGAGCAGAAGCGUCAUGUACCCGAAAAUAGAGGCUCUGCUGCAAUCCACGGGUCUGGAUGGAAGAGCUUGCGUGAUGAAGGCCCUGUGCGAGGCUGCCCAAAGGAGUCCACAGGAUGUUGGAAGAGGGAGCCUGGUCCAGGAGCUGCUGCACGCCAUCUUUACGUUGCCAGGGGACGGUGGCCGUUUCGAGCGAUCGGAGGAUCGAGCUUACGAGCACGCGUACGCGAGCGGAGAGGAUUGCAACCGGCUGUAUCCGACCUGCCGCCACUCCAUUUACGACCUCGAGUUCUGAGGCCCGCGACCCGCAAUUGGACGCUAUUCGUAUGCGUGCGCGAA